GACAAGACUCCUGGUGCUAGCUGCAAUGACCGCUGGUUUUGGAUCGUCUUUCCAAUAUGGCUACAACGUCUUUGUGAUCAACUACGCAGCAGAGUUCAUUAAAAGCUUUUACAACGAGACCUACCGAUGGAGGAAUCACAUCAGCAUAGACCACAGCUUGCUCCUGUUCCAGUGGGGGCUGACGGUUUCAUUCUUCCCAGUCGGAGGCAUGGUUGGGUCUCUUUUGGUGGCUCCCCUGGCAGAUAAUUGUGGCAGAAAACGUACUUUGCAGGUGAAUAAUAUUUUGGCCAUAAUCUCUGCUGUCCUCAUGGGCUGCUCCAGAGCAGUGCACUCCUUUGAGUUCAUCAUCUUUUCACGUUUGGUUAUUGGAAUAUGUGCAGGGAUCUCCUUCAGCGUGGUUCCCAUGUACCUCACAGAGAUUGCCCCCGAAAACCUUCGAGGAGCCAUAGCCAUCACUGGCCAUUUCUUUAUCAUCUUUGGUAGCCUGAUGGCUCGCAUAUUUGGGCUUGACAAACUCCUAGGGACCCAAGAAGGGUGGCCGUUCCUGCUGAGCCUCACUGGGGUUCCGGCAUUAUUUCAGCUCAUCUUCCUGCCGUUCUUCCCCGAAAGUCCUCGGUACCUCCUGAUUCAGAGGCAUGAUGAAAAAGCAGCCAGAGAAGUCUUGCAGAGGCUGAGAUGCCAGGAUGACGUGGAGAGUGAGAUUGAGGAGCUCCACCAGGAGAACGUCUCAGUAAGGGCGGAGAAGGAGAUGAAUACGAUGAAGCUGCUGUGCAACCAAGGCCUGCGUUGGCAAAUCAUUUCCGUGGUCAUCCUCAUGAGUGGCCAACAGCUCACAGGUGUCAAUGCGGUGUUCUAUUACUCAGAGAGAAUCUAUGCAACUUUGAGGAUCAAGAAGCAGGAAGCCCGGUAUAUCACUGUGUUGUCAAGUAUUUUCAUCGCAAUCUCGCUGAUGAUCGUGGUUUAUACAGUAGAUUCUGUGGGGCGAAGGAUCCUCCUCCUCACUGGAUUUGGGAUAUGCAGCAUCCUCUGCAUUCUGUUAACCAUGACCCUCGAACUUCAGGACACCAUGCCAUGGAUGUCAUACGUCACUUCAGUCUUUUUCCUCCUCUUGAUCUUUGGGCACAUCCUUGGGCCAGGUCCCAUACCCAACGUGAUCAUACUGGAGCUGUUCCUCCAGCCAUCCCGCUCCAUAGCCUUCAUGCUCGGGGGCUUUGUGCACUGGUUCCUGCACUUCAUUAUGGGGAUGAUAUUCAUUCAGAUAGAGACACGGAUUGGUUCCUACACCUUCCUCCUCUUCUGGCCUCUCUGCAUAUUCAGCUUCGUUUACAUCUUCAAGGUUAUCCCAGAAACCAACGGCAAGACCUUUUUGGAAAUCAAGAAGUACAUGUUGGCCAUGGCCAAGAAGGUGAAGGUCCAGGUCCAGGUCCCAAUCCGGCGGACGUCAAAGGACAAGGACAGAAGGCGGUUGACACGCCACAGCAUCAGAAGCGAGAGCGUCAGACAGGAUAGCGUCAGACAGGAUAGCAUCAGACGGGAUAGCACCAGACGGGAUAGCGACAGACGGGAUAGCGGCAGACGGGAUAGCAGCAGACGAGAUAGCGGCAGACGGGAUAGCAGCAGACGAGAUAGCGGCAGACGGGAUAGCAGCAAAAGGGAUAGCAGCGCCAAACGGGAUAGCACGAAACGGAAAGAAAGCAUCAAAAGAAAACGAAAACCAACCAUCACUUCUUAA